AUAAAAAAUAAUAUUUAAUUAUAUAUAAAUAUUUAUAUAUAUAAUAUUAAAUAAUAACUGACGUGACGCGAUGGAAGGCGGCAGUAGCAGUAGCAACAAGGACGCCGGCGAACCGAAAUCCGGGUGCGGUUGCAACGGUGUCGCGGUGGACAACAAUAACGACGCUACGGCGGCCGCCGCGGCAGUAGCCGCGAAGGCAGCGAGAAGAACCGCAGCGUUGGUCGCGGCGAACAGAGCGCAGGCCGCAGCGAAAGCGGCAGCGUUGAGAGCGGCAGCGUCGGCCGCCGAGUGUUUGAGACAUCGGGCGCACCUGAAACUGCAAGAGGAGAUGGAGAAACAGCAACAGCAAACGGCGGACGACCGUCAAACCGCGGUGGCCAGCGGCGCCGCGGCCGCCAACGGCGGUGGGUCCACGUCCACCGGCGGCGGUUCGUCGGCCUCCAGCGGCAACUCCUCGAGCAACGGCAUCGCUAUGGACGAAGCGUCCGAAAUCACCAUCACCGUAUCGCCGACCACCGGCGGCCAGUUCGAUCUGUCCGUGCUCAAGACCGACUCGGUGGAAAGCCUCAAAAAAGUGAUCUCCAAGCGGCUGAGAGUGCCUAAAGAGCGCAUAUGCCUGUUGUAUCGCGAGAGGCAACUUAGAGAUGGCUCGUUGGACGACAACCAGUUGAUGCAAGGAAGCCGCCUCACCCUAUUGCCCAGCGUGGAAACCGGUCUUCUGGUUCAGAGACCAGAACAAAGCGUAAUGCAGGCGUUGGAAAGUUUGAAUGAUUCUCAGGUCAACGAUUUUCUGUCGGGCAAAGCACCAUUAAACCUGACCAUGAGAUUGGGCGAUCACAUGAUGCUUAUUCAGUUGCAGCUGUCCACCGUGUCGUCGUCCGGUUCGUCGAAACGGCUACAAACCGCCGCCUCGACCGUGGCCAGCACAGGUGCCGCGGCCGCUUUGAACGCGUCCACCGUGUCCCCCGAACCACCACAAGCCACGGCCACAGCAGCGACCACUUGUUCGGCCGGCAACAUAAUCGGUACCCCUAGACUGAUACCAGGCGUGGACGCAUAUCCAAUAACCCGUGUGCGUAACGUAUCCGACGACAGCGACGACAACUCGAUGGACACGACCGAGGACAUGUCGCCACCGCCUCCGCCGCCGGUGUCCGCGGCCGCGCCCGUUGAGCCGGCCGCACCGGCACCCACGCCCGCGCCAGCAACUCCCUGUUCGUGCGACGCGAGCACGUCGACCGCUUCCACUACCACGGCCACGGCCGCCGGAGAAAAACCGCAACUGGACACCCGCGCGCUCGCCGAAGCUUCCCGGAACCUUACUCAAACACUGAAACAAUUGUCUUCGGAAGUGCUCACCACGAAGAGCGGUUCCAAAGAGAUGCACAUUGGAUUUAAACGAAGACCUGGUGCAAUAAUUGAGAGCAUGCAACAUCAUGGCAAAGGCGUAUACUCAGGAACAUUUUCUGGUACCUUGAACCCAGCUUUACAAGAUCGCUUUGGACGUCCAAAGCGUGAUAUUAGUACCAUCAUACAUAUACUUAAUGAUUUACUAUGUGCAACACCACAAUAUCGAGCUGCUGCUAGAUCUGGUACUCCAGCUGUUUGUACCGCUACUACACUUCCUCCUACUGCUUCAGCUGCUCAAGCUGCUGCACCAUUUACCACCGCUAAUAGUGUAUCUGCUCAAACGUCUGCUGCUUCUGAUAACAUUGAAAAUGAGACCAAAGAAAAUGCAGCUACCCGUGGAAAAAUGGAACGGUUACGUUUGAUAAUGGAAGAAAAACGUGAAAGACGUAGAGCUGGUCGUUCUGUGCCUUAUGAUAAAUCUAAAUCCGGGACACAAUGGUCUGCUAAGUCAGAAACACAGAGUGUUGGUCCACAAGAUCCUCCUGCAGAUCCUCCUUUACCUCCAGAACAAGUCGUUGUUUGAAGAAUCGCUCCUGAGGACAUGAAUAAUGUGAUAAAAAUAAUACUCCCCACCAGUGUUUUACAUUUUACUAUGUAAUAUCUAUAAAUAAUAAGCAUAUAUUUAUAUAUAUGCAUUAAUAUAAAUAUAAUUUAAAUACAAUAAAUACGGUCAGUUACACUUUAGGGUGCAAUAUUAUAUAACAAUAUGGGUCAUGCAUUUAGACAAAACUCUUCAUUAUAACAUUAGAAUCAUGACUUACUGUCCUAUCGGAAUCAAUUUUUCUUUUCAUAUUUAUACAAUAAAUAACAAAUAUAAACUGUUAACAAAUAAAUUAUAAACCAAUCGU